CCCAGUCCUCUGCCUGUCAUCCCCAGCAGAUUUAGCUGCUGACAGCUGCUUGGGACUUUGCUGCCAGGCCCUGGCCCAGACCGCCUCCUCUCCUCUCUCUCAGUGACUCCCCAGCCACAGCCCCGCCAUGGCCCAGAAAGAAGAGGCUGCCGCUGCCGCCACCACCACCGAGGAGUCUGCGCCUGCCUCCCAGAAUGGCGAGGAUCUGGAGAACCUGGACGACCCCGAGAAGCUGAAGGAGCUGAUCCAGCUGCCCCCCUUUGAGAUCGUCACGGGGGAGCGGCUGCCUGUUAACUACUUCAAGUUCCAGUUCCGGAAUGUGGAGUACAGCUCAGGGCGGAACAAGACCUUCCUCUGCUAUGUGAUUGAAGUGCAGGACAAGGGAGGCCAAGUGCAGGCAUCCCGGGGAUACCUCGAGGACGAGCAUGCAACUGCCCACGCGGAGGAAGCCUUCUUCAACACCGUCGUGCCAACCUUCGACCCGGCCCUGCGCUACAACGUCACCUGGUACGUGUCCUCCAGCCCCUGCGUAGCUUGCGCCGACCGCAUCAUCAAAAUGCUUAGCAAGACCAAGAACCUGCGCCUGCUCAUCCUGGUGGGGCGUCUCUUCAUGUGGGAGGAGCCCGCGAUGCAGGCUGCGCUGAAGAAGCUGAAGGAGGCUGGCUGCAGGCUGCGCAUCAUGAAGCCCCAGGACUUCGAGUACAUCUGGCAGAAUUUUGUGGAGCAGGAAGAGGGCGAAUCCAAGGCCUUUGAGCCCUGGGAGGACAUUCAGGAGAACUUCCUGUACUACGAGGAAAAGUUGGCCGACAUCCUGAAGUAGGCGACUGCGCUCAGCCUCACGUCUGCCUGCUGCCAAGAGAUGGCGGUGACAUGUAUGGGCAUCUGGGACACGCCUGACUUCCUAAUACCACGUGGAGCUGGACAACAUUUAACACCAACCAAUCCCACUGCACAAGGCCCUCUAAGGACUCAAAAUAUACUUCUCAUGCUAUAAAUCAUUUUAUCGGUG